AUGGAUAAGACUGCACUUGCAAGUCGAAAGCGAUCCGAGCUACGCGCCGUAUGCCGGAAUCGGCUUUCGGAGCAUAUUAAUAAGACACUGGGAAUCAACAUCAAACCGUCCCAGGUUCGUCUUAGGAUUGAAGACGACACGCAGUAUAGGUGGCAUGUGAAUGACCCUCGCAUUGAGGAGUUGUUUGACAAACAAUUGAGCAAGCACUCCGUAAGCGCCUAUAUGACACUGAUUGAGGAGGUAGGACAUUCCUUUUGGGCGGUGGAAAAGGGUCAGCCAGGUCUACCUCUACAAGAACAGCUGGACACUCUGCGAUCAGAGCAUACGGCCCUUAUUGAGGAGCUGGAACAUGCCAAACGACACGUAGCAGAUAGCAAUCAAGAAAACGAAAGAAUGGCUUGUGAAAUAUCUAGCCUGCAGGGAAAAUUGAUUGAAAUGAAUACGAGCAUCGCCGCUUACCAGAAAGACAUUGACAGAUGGAAGGCCCUGGCAGAGUAUUAUCAAAAUGGCUUUUGUCAAUGGUCUGAUGGUAUCAGCCAGAUAAGUCGAUUCUUGCAGAAUCUCAAGGCCGAGGUUCCCAUGUUCCCUUUGGGCUACGAUCAAUCCAUGUAG